UAAUUGUCCACGAGUCCAACAUCACCAUGCUGUCCGUAUCCCAUAGGGUCUGUAUUUACUGCAGACUCUCUUGUCGCUCUUUUGCCCUCCAUCACGCGUCCUCCGACUGCCCCAAACCCAGUCCGACGUCAAACAUAUCCGGCAGAACCCCGAGCUCUAUGCCCAGAAUUGUCGCGACCGCAAUUACCCGUCACACGCAGAUUAUCCAUGAACUCCGUCAGAUUGACCACCAACUGCAACCGUCACGCAUCCUGCACGGAACAGGUCCAGCAACUUGCCCUCUCUCUCCCAACAUCUCCUCUUCCCACACCCCAAUCGGCUCCGAGCCUACCCUCGUUGAAUAUCUCAACUUCGACGCCCAGUCACCACCCGCUUGGGUCCAUCGCCCCGAUCCAUCUCGUUCACACGUUUCCAUUGGAUCUACUCUGGCCUCAUCGACUUUGCCAGCGCUGCCACCACGACAGGGUGGGGAGGCCUGUGGCUUCCAACCCCGCGACCAGAACAACGAACAACAAAUCUGGGCCAUUGAACAAUCUGGAAAAGGACAGGGCCAAACCCCAGCGCUCGCUCGCGCCACCGCCGAAAUUCCUCUGGCCGCCAUGCACGCGGGUCGCGAUCUCGAACCCUCCACUCUACCCCUCAAACUAGUGGGCCCCAGUCGCUGCUAUCGUGCCGAAGCCGGCGCGCGAGGCGUAGACACUAAGGGCCUGUAUCGUGUGCACGAAUUCACCAAGAUCGAAAUGUUCGGCUGGGCGGAUAAUGUCCCCGCCUCGUCUUCGAUACCUUCUUCAGACGAUCUCUUUAAUGAGCUCCUCACCAUACAGAAGGAGAUCCUGACAUCUCUUCGACUUCCCUGCCGCGUUUUGGAAAUGCCCACCACCGACCUCGGGGCCAGCGCCAGCCGGAAACUUGAUAUUGAGGCCCUGUUCCCAUCCCGCAUGCGCGGUGAAACCCUCGAGGAUGCCUGGGGAGAGGUUACCUCCGCCUCCAUCUGCACUGAUUAUCAGUCUCGCCGAUUAGGAACUCGCGUCCGCGGAGGUACGGCUAAAGACUCUCGAUUCCCACAUACAGUCAACGGGACGGCAAUCGCGGUACCCAGGGUUUUGGCCGCGAUCUUGGAAAACGGAUGGGAUGCAGAACGCGGGGUGGUUGUUAUCCCCGAGGUCUUGCGACCCUGGAUGGGAGGUAUGGAAGUCAUCGGUAAAUGACAUCGUAACCUGGUUUCUAUCACGGAUGUAUUCAAUACCGUAACUGUAAGAUAUAAAUCAUAUUGAUUCUGUACAUUAACUCUGACCUGGAAAAC